CUUCAUUGGCAUCAUCAGCAUUCAGAUCAUCCUUCAGCUUUCUGAAGAACACUCUCUCGAUAUCGAAUCGGAAACAGCCUCCAUAUACUUCUCUCACUUCGAUCACAUCAAACAAUCAAUCAUCCCAACCAUGGCAUCCAUGUCGACCAUGUCCCUCCCCAUGCCUUUCUCUGGCGAGCCUUUCCCCUGCCGUAUCGGUCUUACCCGCAAGGACGGUGACAACAUCCAGAACGGUGCCAACGAGAUCUUCAUGAUCAGCCCCGCCGCUCUCGAUACCCGCCGUGGCCUAGUCGACCAGGUCAAAACCCACUUCCACUCGCUCGAGAAGCGACCUCAAAGUGACCGCGUCAACGUCCCUGAUCGCUGCUUCUGGGGUGCCGACUACGAUGCCGAGCGCGUCAAGGUUACUUGGGACCCCGUCAACACCUACGGCGCCUCUAGCUGGGCUCCUGGUACCUCCAUGAACGAGACUGAGAUCACCGACGCCAAUCUCAAGACCAUGCUCCAUGCUCUCAAGUUGUCCCCUCCUAGCACGUGUGUCAUGUCUCUUCUCAUCACCCACUCGGUUCCCCUGGACCUUGUUUCUCGUGGCCACGCCAAUCACGGCUACUAACUUGACGUGGAUGAGGUUGUUGUUGGAUAUUGGACAAGGAUUGGGAAUGGCAGCUUUGGGAAUUCCUGACAUCUGACCCCUCUUCACUGGCGGUAGAAUUGGUUCUGGAUUGAACUAAAGGAAGUCUUGUAAGCUUUGAUCAAGGAGGAGAUCAUAC